CCCGCUUUUGUUUUCCAUGGGAAUUCUUCCAAUAACAUCUGCGCUGAAGUCCAAGUUUAACGCUUGGUUCCUUGACGACGGUACAAUGGGUGGGGAUGUCGAGACUGUUGCAGAAGACUUUCAGACUGUGAUCGAUGCCGCACGCGCAGUUGGAUUAAGCGUUAACAUGUCAAAGUGUGAAAUCUUCGUGAGUGGCGGCACCGUUGAAGACCAAGACUCGGCUAUUAGCACUUUCCUGAACCGGUUUCCAACAGUCACUGUCGCCGUAGCAGAAAAUUUGAGCUUACUUGGCGCACCACUGCUGAAGGACGGAAUUAAGUCUGCGAUCCAACAGAAGACAGAAGUGAUGCGCCUGAUAGCCAACCGUCUCGAGCUGCUACCGAAACACCAAGCUUACUUCUUGCUGAAAUGCAGUCUCAGCGCACCAAAGGUAAUCCAUCUGUUGCGGUGUUGUCCAUCUUUUGAAGCCCGAGAUAGCCUUAUCGAGUUCGACGCAGUCUUGAGGGAUACGUUACAGUCUUUUUGUAAUGUUCGAAUGGAUCAGCCUGCGCAACGUCAAGCUUCCUUGCCAGUGCGUUGCGGUGGACUUGGUAUCCGACGGGUUGAUGAAUUAUCAUUGCCGGCCUAUUUGGCCUCGAUUUAUGCUACCCGUAGCCUGGUUUCCAAACUACUGCCACACUCAACAGGAGUUGCCGCGGAUGACCACAUUGCACUUUGGAGCUAUCUCUCUGACGACGCUUCGCCGCCUCUCUCCGAAAGCAGACACUUACAACGUGCUUGGGAUACGCCUUACUGUUUAGCAGAACAGGCAACUCUGCUGUACGAAGCGUCAGAUGCCACUAAUAAGGCACGGCUGCUGGCUGUUUCAACACCAGAGUCCGGUGUGUGGACCCACGCACUACCCUCGUCCUCCAUCGGUAAUCUCCUGGACGACGAAUCUUUCCGCAUCGCCGUUGCCAUUCGUCUGGGCGCACCUGUUUCCGCCAAACACCAGUGCAGGUGUGGUACCGAUGUCGCCGCUAACGGCCACCAUGGCCUAAGUUGCAAAUUUUCAGCUGGAAGAAGGCCAAGACACGACUGCAUCAACGAUAUUCUGCGUCGGGCUUUGGGUUCAGCAGGCAUCCCCGCGCGAACGGAACCUAGAGGUAUGCACUACGAAAACGACACACGCCCAGAUGGAAUCACUACCUUCCCUUGGGCCCGAGGGUUAUGCUUAGCAUGGGACGUAACCUGCGUCGACACUGUCGCCCGCUCUCACUUGGACCUAACCAGCGUAAAGGCCGGAGCGGCAGCCGACCAUGCUGAAGCGGAAAAAAUGAAGAAGUACAGCUUCCUGUCAGGACGAUAUGAGUUUGCCGCUGUCGGUUUCGAGACUUUUGGUAGUUUUGGUACAUCGGCUAAGAAGCUGCUCAAAGAAGUCGGAAGGAGGAUCGAGUUACAAACCGGCGAGAUAAGAAGCCAUGAGUUUUUAAGGCAGAAUAUGUCAUUAGCAAUUCAAAGGGGUAAUGCCGCUUCUGUUACUGGUACGGUUGAAAUUGUUGAUUUCUUCAACCGAAACUGAUUCUUGAUAUUGUUAUCGCGUUUUUGGAAAUA